AUGGCACAUAGUUCAGGGCAGGCGUCUCUUGCCUUAAUCUUGGCCUCAAAGGCUGAAAGACAAGGCAGGAUGGGUAGUAGGCAGGGCUUGGAGAGGAACCAGCGCUGGCUCCACCCUUCCCACAUCAGAGCCAUGGGGAGCCUAGGUCCUGGUGGGCCACCCCAGGUGCAAGCACCCUACACUGUUCUGCUGCUUCCACUGGGGACAAGCCGCCAAGACCCAGGGGCUCCGAGCUUCUUCCUCUGGCUGCAGAUGAUGCAGGCUCUGGAGAGGGAACAAGACGCUCUGUGGCAGGGUCUGCAGCUGCUGGAGCAGGGCCAGGCCUGGUUCACAGACCACCUAAGGGAGGCACAGCAGAGGCAGCUGCAUCUGGGGGCCCUCGGUGAGGAUUUUCUAAUGAACUUAGACUCAGCGACUGACUCCCCACAGCUCACCCAGAUUCAAGAGGUGAAUGCUUGUUUGCACCGUCUGAUUCGGGAGUUGUCACAGCAGCAAAAAGAACCGACCCAGUCCGAGGGAGAGGUGGCUCGGCGGGGGCAGAGGUGCCUGACCCGUGUGUGAAUCCUCCCACGGGAGCCCUCCUUCAGCCUUAACCUAAACUAAGACAUGGCCCGGCCCGGAUAAG